AUGGGUGUUACAGGAACAUUAGAAACGUUAAGUGAUCCUGAAAAAGAAGUCAUAAAAAUUGUGUAUAAAAUCGGAAAAAAUACAUAUACUUCUUCAGUAUUUGGUAAAAAUAAUCUUAAAUUUAGAGAAAAAGACGAUAUUAGUAUUGAAAAUAUUGAUAAUUAUUUCAAUACCAUCAGAAGAGAAAUCGAUGACAGAUUAGUAGGAGGAAAAUCGUCAGAAAAACGUGCUGUAUUAGUCAUUUUCGAAUCAAUAUCAAAAUUAAAAGAAUUCUAUGAGUCAAAGGCUUUAGAAGCAAUAAAACCAUCAGUUGCGUAUUUAACAGAAGAAGCGUCUUCAAAAGAAAAAGAAGUUACAAUAAAACGUGCUACGACAUCUGGUCAAAUAACUCUGCUAACCAGAACUUUCGGUAGAGGAACAGAUUUCGUAUGUUAUGGCCCAAGUGUUGUUAACAAUGAUGGUACUCACGUCAUUCAGACAUUUCUUUCGGAAGAAAAACAGAUUAAAGGUAGAACUGCAAGACAAGGUAAUUAUGGUUCGUAUAGUAUGAUACUACUCGAUAGCGAUUUGGAGAAAUUUCUCAUUCAGAAGGAAGAUAUUGAAAAUGUUAAGAGAGGUGUAAGAAUUCUAGUUCGUCGUGCAAGUGCGCUUACCACGACAAAAAAAACCUAUGAUACUGUAUAUGAACUUCUACAUGAGAAGCAUACCGAUUUAUUCAAAGCACAAUAUGAAGCUAAUACUAAAUUUAUUAAGCAAGCGAAAGAAAGGCAUGAUGCUACUCAACAAUUUCUAAAAAGUCUCAAUUCGGGAGAUGUUAAUUUCGUUAGAACAUUUUUAGCGAAAGAAAACGAAGGACCAAAUAUGGGUUCCGGUCAGUCUCGAACAAUUUGUUUAAUGGAUGCUACAGGUUCAAUGUCUCAUUUGUUACAUAGAUGCAAAAACACAGUGGAGAUUAUGUUCGAGCGUACUAUAGCAGUGCUGCGAGACAAUAACAUCAGUGAAGGAUCGUUUCAAAUUCAAUUUGUUGUCUAUCGAAACUAUUGUUGUGUUGAAGAUAAGAUUCUUCAAAGUUCUCCUUUGGAAACGAAAGCGGAUCAUUUACGUGCUUUCAUGAGUAGCAUUAAUGUUGAAGGUGGCUUAGGUAAUGAAGCCAUUGAAAUUGGUUUACAGCACAGUAAUAGUGAAAACGAGAGAGAAGCAAUCACACAGGUUAUAUUGAUUGGUGAUGAGCCUCCAAAUACAAGAGACGAAGUAAAAUCGAAGAGAAAUAACCGUGGAGAGGCAUAUUGGCAGACUACUAAAUUUGCACAGGAGACCUAUUAUGAAAAUGAGUUAGAGAAACUGAUAUCGAAAAAUAUCCCAGUGUAUGCUUUUUUUGUUGCAAACCGUGCAGAAGCCAUUUUUAGACAGAUUGCUAAUAAAACAAAAGGAAGAUGCGAGCUAUUAGAUAUAAAUUCCUCGUCAGGCGCAGACAUGUUAACAGAUCUAGUGACAGAAGUAAUUCUAAAGAAUGUCGGUGGAGAUUCGAAAGGAAACGCUCUUGUUGCUGCAUACCAAAAGAAAUUUCCAAAGUCCUAUGCAUAG